GAGGGGGAAGAGGAGACAUUCAAAGAUUCGCACAGGAGGAGGACGCACGGUGAACAAUCCUGGAUUGGAUCUCCAAGAUACGCCAAGCGAGGGGAACUGCGCUUCUGACAUGCACUCUAGAUGCUCGUAGCGCUGCGCUUUGCACUGCGCCUGGAGGCCCCGUGUUUGCGUCUCUGGGAAUAGUGGAACUGCUCAGCGCAGCGGACUGUCAAAUGACCCUGAGAUCGGCCGAGACGUCAGACAGCCCGAGUACCAUACAAAACGGCUCCGGGGAGAGCGGCUCAUCACCUCCCGGGGGCUUCAAGGAGGGGCGAGAUCGGGAGGAUCGCAUCGCUCAGUCUAUGGGAGAGCUCCGGAGAUCGGGCUGGUACUGGGGAAAUAUGACUGUUGAUGAGGCAAAGGAAAAGUUGCAAGAUGCUCCAGAAGGAACUUUUCUGGUUCGAGACAGCUCACAUACAGACUAUCUUUUAACAAUCUCCGUUAAAACGUCAGCAGGGCCAACCAACUUACGUAUAGAAUACCGAGAAGGGAAAUUCCGACUGGACUCAGUAGUCUGUGUAAGAUCUAGACUAAAACAGUUUGACAGUGUUGUCCAUCUUAUCGAAUAUUAUGUUCUGUUGUCAAAAAAUAAGAAGAUAGAGUCUGAAACUCUUCCAAACAGAACAGUCCACCUGUGGCUGGUGAAGCCACUAUACACAUCUACUCCGUCCUUACAGCAUCUCUGUAGAAUGACUGUCAACAAAUGUACCAACAAAAUCGAUGAAUUGCCAUUACCAAUGAGACUGAAAGAGUAUAUUACAGAAUACCGUUACCAUGUAUAGAUGUUUUGCUGAACAUCAGUUAAGCAUUGGGAACAUCUUCUUCCAAAUAUAGAAAAAAAAAA